CGAUGAAAAAACGCGAACAAGUGAACGAGCUUACUGCGUUUGUUGAUGGUUCACAAGUCUAUGGCUCAGAGAAUGAACUUGCAAAAGAGCUACGAAGUUCUGAAGGUUUACUUAAUGUCACAAGAACUGAAAGAAAUGGCGAUCUUCCUCCACUGGCUAAUAUUUCUGCCCUCGAGGGACCGUCAAGUUUGUGUGUUGGUGUUGGGGGAUGUUUUCUGGCUGGUCUUAGUCGAGCUAAUGAGCAGCUGAACUUACUAUCUAUGCACACGUUAUUCGUUCGUGAACACAACAGAAUUGUAAAGAAGUUGGAAAAACUUAAUUCACAUUGGGAUGGAGAAAAGAAGUGUCAAGAAGCAAGAAAAAUGGUUGAAGCUAUUUUACAAAAAAUUACAUAUGAAGAUUUCCUUCCUCUAAUUUUGGGUCCAAACCCUCUCAAUCCAUACAAAUUAUAUCAACCUAAUGUCAAUCCAUGCAUCUUUAAUUCAUUUGCUACGGCUGCCUUUAGAUUUGCAAAUGAUCUCUUGGAAAACUUGUUUGUACGUCCUAACUCUCCUGGUUUGAAUUUAGUGGCGUUGAACAUCCAACGAGGACGUGAUCAUGGCCUUCCAGGAUACAACAGCUUUAGAGUCGCUGUUGUUGGACCAACUGCAAAAUGUAUUAUCCAGAAACAAAUGGAAGCUCUCAGAAAUGGCGAUCGAUUCUUUUAUCUUAACAAAUUUGUUUUCUCUUCAAAACAAUUGCGUGAAAUUGAAAAAUCUUUAUCUCGAGUUUACUGUGACAACCACCGGAAGAAAAUCGUUUCUAUUCAAAGGAACGCUUUCUUGACUAAUCAACAACGGAUAACGUGCGAACGAAUUCCUAAACUUAACGUUAGGAUGUGGAAAGAUUCACAACAAAACUACGCUGGACGAUUAUCUUGAUGCACUGUAAUGGGAAUAAAUGUUUGAAAAUAUUUUACAAAAUGGAUUCGAGUUAGAAGUAGUUUGGUCAUUUGAAUCAUAAGCAGUAUAUUUUAUGAGUGCUAUAUCCUUUGCAUAUACCUGUAUAUAACAAUAUAGUUCAGACUUUCGAUUUGUAUUUCUAUAAGUAUCAAUUAUAAUUAUAUUUCACGUGUAUCAAAGACAAGAAUAAAAAAGUAUGCUUCAAUGCAAUAAA